UUCCAGGCUGUGCACGCCCCUUCUGAUGGGGCAACUGGGCUCCGCUCCCAGUCACCAAGUCAGUCGUGAAGUUGUAAUAUUUCAGAGAUCACCUGUGAAGGUCAUGAUGCAACUUUAAUAAUCCCCGCGGAGGUAUUGGAUAAUAUCAACCAUGGCGAGGUCAAAGGCGAAGGUGUACACUUGUUGCGCACUGAUGCUGCUGUGCGUGGUUGCUGUCAUUGUGUGUAUUUCUGUGCUUGUGAGGCACACAAAUAAGUGUCCAGACAGCACCUUCUCAAGCGCUGCAGUGGCCGCAGACUCUGGGAAAUGUUCACAGAUUGGACGGGACAUACUUCAAAAAGGGGGCUCAGCGGUAGAUGGCGCCAUCGCUGCGCUGCUGUGCACUUCCGUCAUGAACCCACAGAGUAUGGGCAUCGGAGGAGGCUCCAUAUUCACAGUGAUGGACAGCUCUGGCAAAGUGAAAAUCAUCAACUCCAGAGAGACUGUACCGGCGAAGUUUAAAUCUGAUCUGCUGAAGUCAUGUCCCAACACCUUCCAACUGAUAUCAGGUAGUCAAUGGAUUGGGGUUCCGGGGGAAAUUCGGGGUUAUGAACAGGCAUACCGACUUUAUGGGAAGUUGCCGUGGGCAGACCUCUUCCAGCCAACCAUCCAACUGGCCAGAGAAGGGUUUCCUAUUCCUCCCAUCCAAGGUCGAUACAUCCCGUACGUUGAUACAAACCAGACCCAGCCACUACGAAAGUUGUACACAGAUGAGAAUGGGAACUUGCUGACGACUGGUGAUAUUGUGAAGUUUGAGAAACUGGCCAACACGUUGGAGAUGAUAGCAAACCACGGGGCAGAUGCUUUUUACACGGGAAAAAUAGCAGAGGAUUUAAUCCGUGACAUACAGGAGGCAGGAGGAACACUCACGGCGAAGGACCUGGGAUUGUAUAGAGCUACAGUGACUGAUGCGUGGGUUAUUCCUUUGGGAGAGUACCGGAUGUAUAUCCCCCCACCCCCUGCAGGAGGCAUCAUCUUCAGCUUCAUCCUGAACGUCAUGAAAGGAUAUAAAUUGAGUCCAGCAUCUCUGAUGGGUGAACAAAAGACACUGACCUAUCAUCGCCUUGUUGAAGCUUUUAAGUUUGCCAACGGAUUAAAGAAACACAUCCGUGAUCCAAGCUUUAGCUCAAAAGAAAUGGCCAGGAAAUUCACAGAGGAUAGCUUCGCAGAGCACAUACGGAGCAUGAUCAGCCGCGACAAAACUCAUGGUCCCCAGUUUUACAACAUCACCCCGUAUCUGGACAGCAUGGGCACCACGCAUGUGUCUGUGCUGGCUGAGGACGGAUCUGCUGUGUCUGUCACCAGCACCAUCAACCACAUAUUUGGCUCCAAGGUCUUCUCUCCAAGAACUGGAGUCAUCCUCAACAACGAGCUGUCUGACUUCUGUGGCAGAGUCGAAAACAUCUUUCCUGGGGAGCAGCCUCCAUCCUCCAUGGCCCCCGCUGUGCUGAAGUCUCAGUCCAAGACGCUGGUGAUUGGAUCAACUGGUGGGAGCAUGAUCACGACUGCGAUGGCCUCAGUGAUCAUGAACCACCUUUGGUUUGGAAAGAGCCUCAAGGAGGCGAUUGCUGCUCCGGUUGUUUUUGUUGACUCUCAAAAUGCAGUGAAGUUUGAGCCCAGCUUUGAUAAGGAUGUUAUUGAGGCUCUGAAGGCUCUGGGACACAAACAUGAAACCGCAAAACAUUUCUAUAACGUGGUCAAUGCCGUGGAGAAGGAGAACGGCUGCAUCUGUGCCGUAUCUGAUGCCAGGAAAAUGGGCGAGGCAGCCGGUUAUUGAGACCAAGAGCCAUUGACAGUAGUUAUACAGGGUGGCGUGAACAUUACAGAGACAUUCUGCAGCCCCAAAACCACAACUGAACACUCCCAGUAACAUGUAGCAGGUAAGCACGUGGCCUCUGGACAGAAGUGACAUGAUGGAUUUUACUGUGCACAAACAAACAACUGUGACUUCUCUUGUUAUCAUUUGAAUCUUUCUUUUGUAAAAAAUGUUCAUUCCAUGUUUCACAAUAUACAAAUGACUUGAUAGUACAUUCAUGUUAAGAUCUGAGACUUAAAAUGCAUAGCAGGCUAUUUUAGAAGGUCUCAUUCAGUUAAUAACUUGUUCAACUUUCUGGUUAUUCAUACUUAGUAUGUUAUUCAUUAGUACUGGAGUUAUUCUGUAACUUUACUAUAUAAGCUAUUGUAGCACUGUGUAUUGAAUAUACAGUGAAUGAAAUAUAGAUGUUAUGUAUAAUAUUCAAAAAUGAGUACUAUAUUAAAACAGUCACAAAUUGGCUUAACCCUUUUUGGUUUUGUAAAAUACUACUAAUGAAAACAUUUUAUAUUAACAUAUACAUACAUUUAUGGAUGUUAUACUCUAUGCUAUUCUUGAGUUCAACACGAUAAUAGCUAAAUAAAUGGACUUUUAACAACAAAGGUCACAAAGAGUAGGGAAAACAAAGAAAGCAAAAUAGGUGGAUGAAGAGUUAAAUAAAAGAAAAUGACAAAAAUCAAUAAAUCCUGGUGGCAAUCAAUGACCACAGCCAAACAUGGCAAUCUCUUCAGCUCGAGGUUAUUGCUAUUGAAAUCUGUACAUCUAUCUCUCUGUGCCAAAACCCCAAACUUCUCUGUGUUAAUGUCAACCAUUUAUUUUUUAUUUUCGUGCCAGAGCAUGCAGCAGCUGGAGCAAGAUAAUCACAUUAAGUCGUAAGUCAUUCAAACAGGAGAAAAGUUUGUGAAGAAAUAUGAUGCACUUUAAAGUGACUAUAAGUAACUUUUUAAUGUUUCUAAAGCUCUGUAAUUUUUCAUACAAUUGUCUUAAAUGAUGAGACAAACUGUGAAAAGAACGCUAUUUUUGUAUCACUUUUAGCAAGGCAUCUGCCUGGGUUGCCCGGGUGUGGUAAAAACACUACCACUUUAGUCACUUUAGUGCCAGCUAGUAUCAACACACACUGAAAGGCAACACACACUGUAGGCUAAAAGGCUUACAUGGGAAAUGUUUUCAAUUCAAACGAUGAAGUCAAAUCAAUUACUUAUUUUACUUCAAAUCCAGGAAAUAAAUCCACCCUGAAGGGAAAAAGGUCAGAUAAGAAGAUCCUGGUGAUUUUGGGGGUGGGCUCCGUUGCCCUGUCACAUAGUAUUUGGAAAUCAGGGGGUGUGACAGUCACACUGUGUCCUGACCUUAUAAGAGCCACCUGUUGCAAAUGCCACAUUACCAUGUCUGGCAGCAGAAACAAAAGGUUGCCAGGAGAAGCUCAUGGGUAGGGCCCCAUGCGAUGACCACCCUGCCGUUCCAUGGCACACGGCGGCAGCUCAGGCGUUUCCCUGACAGCACACAGCGGCACAGAUGAUCCGCUGGCUCCGAAACAGGAACAGCACUUCCAGCGACCAAUCCCAAACAGCACGGUCCCUACUUAUUUAUUUUAUUGCCCUAUUUACAGACUAAUCUGCAUUAAUAAAUUAAUCCUCUAUAAAUAAUCCUUGUUUUUUUUCCUUGUUUGUUUCUGUCAAGCAGCUGCAGGUACUGUAGUGACCCAGUUUUAUUUAUUCUGGAGAACUUCAAAAUAAAACAAAUCCAGACACUUCUCAGUUAGGACUGGUUCUUUUAUUGGCAGUCAGUGUUUGGAAUGAAACAAGUACACACAGGCUACAAGGAAGAGUUUGACGUUGACACACGAAAGAAACUACAUUGACCAACAGGACAGUGCUUUCCAUCAUUCAAAUAAAACUUGAUUCGACAUGAAAAGGUGUCUGCUUUGACUGUAGCUUUUCCUGUCUUAUUGUGUAACCCCAUAAGCCACGUCACAUUUUUGUUUAGUGUUCAAGCUUACAGCAGGAGGUCACUGUGCUCAGUUUCAUAAUAAGUCAUUAUAAUUUCAAUUACAGAGUCAGACAAGAGACGAAACACCAAAACAACAACACAAAGAACUACAGCAGUAAGCAGACAUUUUACUGUUACAAACACAUAUAACACACACUUAAACAUUUAUUAUAUAUGUGGCAAUGCACAAAUGUUUUUUUUUAUCAAUGAUACUUUCUAACAAUCAUGAGCCAUUUGGUCAUACUUUCACCUUAAAGAGGUAUGCUUCCGCUUGAUCUUUGUGAAUAUAUCUAAUAAUAAACAGAUUAUAUGCCAAGGAGAAACAGAAAUAUAUAUUUUAAGAAAAAUAGUCCCGUUAAAGUGCUUUCAGUCAGUCUCACUUAAUCAUUAUGUGCUACAGAAGACAGACUAAAAUUAAUAAAUAACAGUCAUGGCUGUGUCUCAUAACAAGCAUAGGGCCACUGAAGUAUAGUAUCAGUUAAUGGAAAUGACAACCUAUUUGUAGAGAACGGCAGUAGGACGAGCAGCACUGCUCAGACUCGGUGGCCCAUACCAAAACUUGGCUGUGUCAUUAAUGCACUUAAACACUGUGGUGAGGAUUACAACUAGCUCAAUAAUUAACAAAGAGGUGAAUAUCAGCAUUUAGGCCAGUACAAAAAACAAUCAGUGACAGCUAGCCAUUGUUGAGUCCUACCUGUUGUCUUCUAAGAUUGCUUUGUUCACCAAAAGUGCACAAAAAUAAACCGGGGAAACACAA